AAGCGAGAAAGGACGGAGCAGAGAGCGAGCCAGAAAUGAAAUAGUCGAUCCCACUGGCGAAUGGGAUCAUCAUCUCUCUGCGCAUUUCAAGCGAUGGUCACCACUGCAGCGAGCAGUGCGGGAGCGGCCCCGUUCGCCCUGCGCCGCCGCGGCAACUGCUUCGUGCCACCGCCGCAGCGAGGGAGGCCUCGCGCCGCCCAGUGGCAGGGACGGCCGCGGGGAACGGAUCCCCAGGCGUCGCCGCCACUGCCGGUGGAGGGAAGAGGGCCGACGAAGUUGCUGCCCGGGACCGCGGUGAGGGUGGGCGCCGGCGUGGCGCUGGCAAUUGCGCUCGGCGGCGUCUCGUGGUCAUGGACGACGGCGGCGCGCGGUGGAAGCGCCUGCCCCGUCCUGCAGCCGCCGCCCCUAGUGUCCGUCCUCAACGACGCCACCGCCGGCGGCGCGACCAUGGAUAAGCGCUUGUUGCGCGAUUAUAUCGACAAGCUCUCGAACUCCCUGCGCAAUAAACGGUAUAGGGAUAAGCUUCGCAGGAAUGGGGACAAGCUGAUGAGAGAGCUGAAGCAGCAGUUCUCCGAAACGAACAAAGUUGACCAGGGCGUGCAACUCACUGAAUCAUGGAUCUUAGUGGAAAACUGGGAGGAGGCAGAAGCUACUUGCCAGAAGCUCACAAGCCUCCACCCCCAGGAUCCGAGGCCCCGCCUUCUCUCGAUUGUCAUCAACGUGACGCGGGCAAUGGAAGCCUUGCUGUCUACAGAACCUACCACCACCGACAAUGACAUAGAGGAGAUGGCCAGCAAAAUAAACAAGAUGACCAAGAAUGCCAUCGACGCAUGGAAGGAAUACAGAAAGGAUACAAGGCUGUGAAGCAAAAAGCUGCUUCCUGUUGUUUCCUGACAACUGCUGCGAUGAACCUUAGUGUCCAGCCCCAUGUGCUUCUAAAGUUGUUUGUCAUUAUUUUUAUUUUUGUUGUUGCUGUUCUUGUUGGUUCAAUUCCAACGCUUCUGACAAAGGCAAAUCUAUUUUUACAUUCUAGAAUUAUUUGCGCAACGCAAUCUUCAAAACAAUAAACUGAACAGCAUCAAUGCCUUGUGACUAA